AUGGAUAUUAGAAAUAUACUGGCAGAGAGAUCAUUGGUAGAAUACUACACAGAUGGAUCACUCACACCAAGCACUCCCAUAACAAUGGGUAAACAAAAUCCCAACUUAGUGUAUACAAAUAUGGAUGCAGCAUUUUGUGUCAAUAAUAAACCACACCUAUCAGUCCAAGCAAAUUUAUCGCUAUGGCCUUCAUCCACAAGAUCGGAAUUGGUGGCAAUUUUUAUGGCACUACUCACAGCCCCAAUGAAUGCAAUAAUCAAGAUCUACACAGAUAGUCAAAAUGCCAUUUGCAUGAUCAAUAAUCAUCAUAAUAAAUCGGGCAGGAAAUUAUUGAAGCAGACAAAUUCCUUAAUCCUACUUAAAAUUAACAUUCUUUUACAAGAAAAAAAGAUGGAACUGAUAUUAGAGAAAGUUAAAGGACAUAGUGGAGAUGCUAUGAAUGAAAUGGCAGAUGAAUUAGCCAAGAGCACAGGCAAUAGCAACCAUUAUUUCAACAACAGAUUUAAUUAUAGUAAUAGAACAGUUAGAUUUUUUCCAAUUUUCAAACAAAUACCAAUUGAAUAUAAUUUAAGGAAGUUUAUUAAGACCCUUAUGAAUACUAGAGUGGCAGCAGAAUGGUCAAUACUUAAAACAAAUGAAUAUGAAACACCAAUUAACUGGAACAUAACUUGGAAUUUAAUUUAUAGAUACAAAGGAUUCAACUGUAUUUCAGUUAAAAAGUAUUGGCAUCUAAUAUUUAUUACUAAAUUAUUUGCUAAACUUCUUCCUAUAGGUACUAUCCUACUCCAAAAAAAGCCAAAUAUAUACAAGGAUUUUGUUUGUCCAAGAUGUAAUGCUAACAAAGAAGAAAGCAGAUAUCAUUUUAUUGAAUGUGAUGCUAAUAAGAAACUAUGGCCUAUAAUUAAAAACAAAAUGCAAGAUGAUUUAGUUCCUAUAAUUCAAAAAUUAAAUGAUUCGCCAGAGAACUCAUCCAAGAUUAUAAGUGAAAAAUUAAAUCAAAUACUAGGAUCACAACAUGAUAACAAUAAGUUCACUGACUUCUGUUUACUGGCUUUAGAAGCUAAGAUUAACACUAAUUUUUCCAAAAUUUCAAAACAGACAUUUGGAUUAUCAGAAUCAAAAAACAUUUUACUUCUGGCCUCCCUCUUAGACUCAUGUAUUAUUCAUUUUAAAGAAUUAAUUUGGCUACCAAGAUGUAAUGCUACUGUGGCAUGGGAAAAGGCAAGAAAUAUUAGAAGAAAAGAUAAACUGAAUAGAUCUGAAAAUAUGGAUCGCUAUUACAAAUCCUCACAUCAAAAUUCUAAACAUCUAAGACAGGAUAAACAAUACCUAAAAGAGAACAAUUUAAUAGAUUCACAGGAAUAUCAGAUUGUAGUACUUGAUGAUAUUCCAAUUGAACAGAAGUCAGUGCAGUCAGAAACUUCAUUAAAUGAAAAUCCCAUUUUAUCAAAGUUCCAUAGGGUGGGAAAAAAAGCACAUGAUCAAAUGUGCUUGUUAAUUAGUAACAAUUGGUGGUACAGUUGGGCUUAUAAGAAAACAAAAAAAAUUAUUAACAAUGUUGUGAUAGACUUAUAA